CCACACUCUCCUCGACCCUCGAUUCGUUCCCGCCGCCAACCAAGCGACGUCUCCUCUUCCACGCAUCCUAGGGCGGCGACACCUGCCAAGAACACCCGUCGCCGCGCUCUCCCGAUGGCGACCAGCGACGAGCUCGCCCAGAUCGACAUCUCUAAGGAGGAGAAGGACAAGCUGGUGGCGGAGGUGAUGCGCUACGUGCUCUUCAAGACGCACCAGAGCUCCGACUGCCCCAUCAAGCGGGAGGAGCUCACCGGGAUCAUCACCAAGAACUACCGCCAGCGCGCGCUGCCCACGCUGGUCAUCAACGAGGCCAAGGAGAGGCUCGCCGCAACCUUCGGCUACGAGAUGAGGGAGCUACAAAGGACCCGCGCGCCGGCCACGCGCUCUGGCCGGCCGGCACAGCGGCAGUUUAACGCGGAUGCCAAGAGCUAUGUUCUGGUCAGCAUGUUAGACCCUGAGGUGUACAGCAAGUACGUCGAGGACAAGGCCGCCGCCCAUCUGUCCGGCUUCGCUUUCGCUGUCAUUGGCAUUAUUCAUCUUGCUGGUGGCAAAAUGCCCGAAGAGGACCUCUGGCAUCAGUUGAAGCGGGUGGGUUUGAACGAGACUGAUGAAGCUCACCUUGUUCUUGGCAACAAUAAGCAGGCGCUCGAACACCUAGUGCAGCAAAGGUACUUGCUGAAGGAGAAAAUUGCUGGACCGGAAGGUCAUUUCGUGAUGUACGAGCUUGCCGAGAGGGCGUUGGAUGAAUCCAUCAGCGUGAAGAUUAAAGAUCAUAUUUCACAGGUUGUGGGCACAUGCUUGCAGAAGUAGAUUGAAGUGGAUGGAUACGACAAUCAGUAGCCCUGUAGGUUAUCUGCCUUGCGGUAGGACUAGCUGACUCUUAUCAGGCUGGGAAGCUACAUAUCAUCUUGCAUGGAUACGAGGCUCGUACUCUGCAUGCAGAUUUUGUACAGGAGAUGUGUGCUUGACAAGCCCUGGCAACUUUGGUGUUACUAUAUCCUUGAUUAUCUAGAUUAUUAUGUGGACGACAUGCUGUUGAUCAUCGCAGCAGGCUUGGCACUACCUUUUGCAGUGACCUAAUGUCACAAAACAGCCUGUCAGUCAUUGCAUGCGUUGUGCUCUCCUUCUGUGUGUAGCUGAGUAUUCAGUGACCUGACCACAUCGACAUCAUAACGAUAAUGCUGUAGCGCGCCGAGUCCAUUCACAAGUCUUGACUCUUGACUCGCAGUAAAAAUCAAUUUAUUUCAAUUUAUUUUUGAACC